UGCCCAGCGCCACGGUCAUAUUUCUUGCCUCAAACCUAUCACAUUGCCACUCGUGACGGUCGCUGCGCGGUCCGCGACAUAGCGCCAACUCAUGCCCAUCGCUUCUCCAAAAACAAAUCCACGGUCACUACGCGACGAGAUGCUAAGUCGCGCAUCGCUUCGCGAGAAAAUGCUCAGGAGGCCAUCGCUCCGCGAGAUAAUGCCGGGUGGAGCAUCGCUCCGCGAGAAAAUGCACGGGCGGCCAUCGCUCCGCGAAAAAAAAAAAGUGCCCGGGUCCCGUCGCUUCGCGAGAGUAUGCCUGGGCGGCCAUCGCUGCGCGAAAGAAUGCCUGGCCGCCCAUCGCUGGGACCCGAACCCACCGCAUGGGACAGGGGCGUGGGUUCGAAUCCCACUCUCGUCAAAUAGCUUUUUGUAGAUCCUUUCCGCGUCGAAAUCGGCCCAGAAACGGGCGACAUACGAAUUUUACAGUGUUCGACAUGAUUUGGGUGAAGGCGGAAGACUGGUGAUGAUGUAGCUUGAGUGAGCUGAAGAUCGGCGGUUUGGGGGAAGAGAAGCAGAUCAAGAGGCUACAGAUUCAGCGUAGCAUCGUCAUUCGGGGU